AUGCUUGCAUCCAAAAGAAUUUUAAGGUACAUUAAAUCAACAAUUGACCUCAACAUUUUCUACUGGAAAGGGUGCAAAGACGAGUUAGUAGCUUACACAAACAUCGAUUAUGCUGGCGAUAUAGAUGAUCGAAAAAGUACCUCAGGCUAUGUAUUCAUGUUAAGUGAUGGAGCUGUUGCAUGGGCAUUCAAUAAGCAGCCAAUGGUUACUCUUUCUACAACUGAGGCCGAAUACGUAGCACUUGUAUCAUGUGCUUUCCAGUUUAUUUGGAUGCAACACAUUCUAAAACAAAUUAAAGGUAUUCAAUCUGAUUAUGUUACAACGUUUAACGACAAUUCUUCUACCAUUAAGCUUGCCAAGAAUCUAGUUUUUUAUAGGAGAAGUAAACACAAAAGUGUGAGGUUUCAUUUUCUAAGAAAUCUAAUUAAGGAUGGAGUUACCAAUAUGGAGUUUGUGGAACAAAUGAUUAGCUUGCAGGUAUCAUGA